AUGAACGAAGACUACAGUGAUAUCUAUGAUACAAUCCAAAGGAGUAGUCCAGUCCCUCAGGAGGAAAACGGUGCUCCUUUGUAUGACAGAGUCCACGAAGACGAGGGGACUGAAAAUGAUCUCUAUGCCACCAGGCCAGAAAGCCACGAAUAUGACUAUUUGUCACCAUAUGUCUCAAACAGUGAUGAAGCCACCCCAGCCUCCCUGGAGCCAGAAGCAGAUGGCUACCUCCUACCUGAUGAGGUGUUUUCUGAGCCCCAGGAGGUCGGAGAGGUCUCCAUGGGAGACUCACAAUCACCAAGCCAGGACCCAGAGCCUCUCCGGUGGGAGCCUCAGGAGAAUGGAACCACUGUGGAGGAAGAGGUGCCUUCUUUCGUGAGCUUCAGGGUUCAGCACAGCAAGGUCCUUGCCGCAAGCGAGGGCUCCCCUACCUGCCUUUCUGCUGCUGUUAGUUUGGAAGAAAAUCAAGCAGCUGCCAGCGACCCUGAGAUCUUCCUGUUUGUGAAGGCUGGGAUCGAUGGGGAAAGCAUCGGCAACUGUCCUUUCUCUCAGCGUCUCUUCAUGAUCCUCUGGCUGAAGGGAGUCGUGUUCAAUGUCACCACCGUGGAUCUGAAAAGAAAGCCAGCCGACCUACACAACCUGGCUCCUGGCACACACCCGCCCUUCCUGACCUUCAACGGGGAUGUGAAGACGGAUGUCAACAAGAUUGAAGAGUUCCUGGAGGAGACCCUAACCCCUGAGAAGUACCCCAAACUGGCUGCAAAACACCGGGAAUCUAACACCGCGGGCAUCGACAUCUUCUCCAAGUUCUCAGCCUACAUCAAAAACACCAAACAGCAGAACAACGCUGCCCUUGAGAGAGGCUUGACAAAGGCGCUGAGGAAGCUGGAUGACUACCUGAACACCCCUCUGCCAGAGGAGAUUGAUACCAACACCCGUGGAGAUGAGAAGGGGUCCCAGCGCAAGUUCCUGGAUGGGGAUGAGCUGACCCUGGCUGACUGCAACCUGCUGCCCAAGCUGCAUGUGGUCAAGAUUGUGGCUAAGAAGUACCGGAACUAUGACAUCCCAGCUGAGAUGACAGGCUUGUGGCGGUACCUCAAGAACGCCUACGCACGGGACGAGUUCACCAACACUUGUGCAGCAGACAGCGAGAUUGAGUUGGCCUACGCAGAUGUCGCCAGGCGCCUCAGCCGAUCCUGAGCUUGGCUGUCUGGCCCAGUUUCUGCUGUAGAAGAAUUCUACUUCUCCCAAAGGCUUUCAGCUCUACAGACUCUUCUUCCUCAUUGCUUUGGGGAAACAUAAAAAAAUUUAGGCCACAUCUUACUGGCACCCCUGAACUCAACUCCAACCUUCUACCUUCUAAGAUCAGUGCCAUCCUUCUGCCUUGCCCUGCAGGAGCCUGGCAAGAGGACAUGGUAGAAGAUUUUUUUCCACCUGCUAGUCUGAUCUAGGGUCAGUGUGUCUGGGGUCCGUUUGCAGACCUCCCAUGGGAUUGUCACUGUUCCCUUCUGCCAAUAUCAUAAUGCUUUCUCAGAUGCUCUAACAACUUGAAAUGCCGGCUUCUUCCUCCCCUCCUUCCUCAGCAACUGCAAGGUGACGGACAAAUAUCAUUACAUGAUCAUUAGGGAGAGAUCUAUGCCUUGAGUGGGGAGACAGUAGUUGGGGGGAUUCAGCUGGGGGUAAGUCUGGAUAUCUAGCAAAACAGUUCCAGAUGCUCACUAUUUCUGACAGUGGGUCAGAUGGAGACACCCCCAACACAUAAUACACCCCAGUUUCCUGCAGUCCUGGAACUGGUGCAAUAUGAUUACAUCCUGGCCAGCACUGAUCCAAGUUUUCCUCCUGUCUCCAUUUUGCCACAAAGGCAGUUGACCUACAACUCUAAACUGAGGUGACCCAGAUAGGGAGGACUUCUGGGAAGCAAUGUUGAUGCCAAAAGGCCCACCAGGGUCUACAGCCACAGCGGUCACUGGCUGAAGGGUAGUCGUCCACUGGAGAUCACAUGAUUUUGUGUGUGUGUGUGUGUGUGUGUGUGUGUGUGUGUGUGUGUGAUUGUGUUCUUCAAUGGGUGGCUUUGGGUGGAGCAAGAGAUAGAAGUGGAUGGAGAGGGAUGGGUGGAGAUAAAGUUCUAUGUGAGUUUAAUGUAGCCUAGAAAACUUUUAGAGUGGUCUUCUCUCUCAUCUAAAUCUUGGACUGGUGUGGUGGCACCCCUAUUAACUGUAGAGCAGACUCUAACAUCAGCCAAAAAAUGUCUUCUAGGCCCUUCCUAGUCACUUGCAGAUGUGGGUUGCCACCUGGCUAUGCUCAGUUUCUUCAGCCCCAGCCUCUGAGGGAAGAGAAAGUCUAUUAAGGAAUGGUGUGAUCGUGGGCUCCCUUAAGAAGAAAGUCCACUGGUCUUUCUGACUGGGAAGCCACAACUUGGAUUUGGAAAACAUGUAAUGCCCUGGGUUCAAUUUCCCACCCUCAGACUCAUUUAUCAGAGUUUUAAGAAAAACAAUUCUUUUUUUUUUUUU